AUUCGUGAUUAAGACAAUGGAAGUCGAUGUGCGUAACUUGAGAAAAUCCUUUUAUCAAGGAUCGGAUGAAGUUCAUGAUUUUCCAUGUUCACCUUGUGCUAAAAAUAGGAUGAAUGUGGCUGCUACCAAACAUUGUGAACAAUUUGAUGAAAACCUGUGUACAAAGUGCUUGAAUCAUCACAAUAAAUUCUCUUUGAUGAAGGGAGACCAGUUACUGGACAAACUGAAAAGUCCUAGCGGACACAGACCUGACUUGCCGAGCCAAAGUUGUGACAGGCAUGGUGGAAAGUUAAUAGAUGUCUACUGUCCUAGCCACGAUAAAGUUGGCUGCUCCACUUGUAUAGCUGUUGAUCACAGUACUUGCCAGAGAAUAAGCUUCAUACCAGACGUAGCAAAACACUCGAGAACAUCCACCAAAGACCUCCAGCAACUUGAAACCGCACUGAGCAGUCUUGAGUCACGCUUCAUCGCUUUAAAGCAAAAGAAGCAAAAGGAAUUAGAUAGUUCGAAGCGAGAAAAGGAUAAACUGCUUCAUGAAAUAAACACAGAAAGAAAGAAAAUCAACGAACAGUUAGAUAAGAUGGAAACAGAGCUCCUAAACGAAGUGGAUGCGUCAUUCAAGAUGAAGAUGCAGAAUAUAGAUUCGGACAUCAAAGAAGUUGAAGACACACUUGCUUCACUCAAGAAAGAUCGACAAAUGAUACAAGCUGCAAAGAGUGAGAAUAUUUCGGAGAAAUACGUUCAAGUUAAACUUGGACACGAGAGAAAGAAAAUUGCAACAUAUCGUUUAGAAACUCUAGAAGGAUCUAAGAAAAUCGGAAGACUGUGGUUUGAUCCUUGUCAUCAGAUAACUGAUUCUAAAAUCAAUAGUAUAGGGCAGGUCACAAAUUAUUCACCUGUUGAAGUUGAAAGCUUUAUUAGCGAAUUCGAAUCAAGAGUUGGUCAAGAUAAUGCCAUUUGCGAUAUCACUGACAUGUGCCUUUGUGCAGAUGGAAAUAUUGUAAUGACUGAUUACAGCAACAAUCGAAUCAAGAAAAUGAAUGAAUCAUACUCUGUCACAUCCUCCCUGACCGUAAGUGAUAAUCCAUUCGGUAUUUGUCAGAUAGAUGCGUCCCUUCUCGCUGUUACUCUAAUAAACAAGAAGAACGUUCAGUUUAUCUCCCAGAAGAAACUGAUGACGUUAAAGAAGUCAUUUAAGGUUGGCGAUCGUUGUCGUGGUAUUGCAUACAAUGACGGGUUGAUUCAUGUUUGCUGUGGUGGAUCUCGUGAACAGAAGGAGGAAGGCGCUGGCCAUAUUGAAGUGUAUACUACUACCGGAGCGUUGAUGAAAUCAUACUAUGGUGAGAUGGAAUGUCCUGGAAGUAUAAUAGUACCUAGCUGGGGAAAGGAAAUUUAUGUUACCGACGGGUAUGGCGUUCACAUCAUACAUAAGGAAGGUAACCGGAGAGUUGUGGUCCAGAAGGAUACAAAGCUUGAUAAACCUACUGGUUUUUGCUUGAUAAACAGAAGUCAGGUAUGCAUUGCAGGAUUCAAUUCCAAAAAUAUAGUGCUGAUGUCUUCUGAUGGAAAGAUGUAUGAAGAACUUUUGACAGAAAAAGAUGGCACUAGAAACACGUUAAGUAUAUGUUUCGUAGAAAAACAAUCCAGACUUGUUGUUUCGUCAUUUAAAAGUAAUAAGAUCAAGGUCUAUAGCUUGAAAAAUUGUUAAUGUCCGAACAAGAAGGACAUACGGAACCACAAAUUACUGUAAUGUAAAGCUGCUGAAAGUCUCGAGAUACAUCUCGAUUCUUUUCAUUUCAUAUUCUCAAAAUUUAAACUCCCUUUGGCAUUAAUUUCCUACGCAGACUAAACAAAAUGGAAAUUCCGGACAUAUUUUUCGAAAGGCCCUUUUUAUAAGGUCUACAAAAGGAAUGUAAUACAUAUAAGUUUGUUUGUAAAAUAUUUUCAAAUACCAAAUUGUAUAUUCUUCCUGCUUGUAUGCCACAUUAUCUUGUAUGCUUUUUUUCUUAUUAUUGAAAUAUUUUGAUAGCAAAGCAGUUAUGAUGACAAAAUGCAGACUACAAUACCUACUUCCUCAAUAGCGCAAUGGUAGAGUGUCGGAUUACAGUGCGGAAGGCCGGGUCACGUCACACCAUAAAUUGUAUAGCGCGACUCUCUUGCUUUCAUGCCAUAUUUUAAAAUGUGCAAUAUGUUAAUUGUGUUCUUAAUCAAAUAUGUGUGUUAGUAAAACAAUUAUCAAGAUAGGAGGUAGAGUAAUCUUGUUUACAUGUCACAUUAUGUCUUAAACUCAAUUGUAUCUUGUAUUUACAUCCAACAAUGUUUAGCUGUAAAUAAUUUAUAAUUAGAAUAUGUAGAAUAUACCCUGUUUACUUAAAUGCCAGUUUGUUUUAUCAUAAACUUAAUGUUUUUUUUAUCAAAACAUGUUUGGUAAAAUGCAAAAUUAUUUUGAUGUAAAUGCUAUGUUAAAAUCUAAAGCAGAAAAGUUUGUCUUUAAAACAUUAAUUAGCAUAAACUGUAGAAAGUACCAUAUCUGGCUAUAUACCAUCUGUUUUUAUCAUAAACAAAAUUAAUUUGCAUCAAAAUAUGUUUAUUAGUAAAAUGUUAACCAAUAUAAAUUGUAGAGGACACUUUACUUACUUUCAUGUAAAAUAUUUAUAAGUAUAAAAUGUAGAUUGCACCUUGCUUACUUGUUUUCCAGCUUUUCAAUACUUAAUUUAUAUCAAAACAUGUUUGUUUGUAAAAUAUUUAUCAGUAUAAACUAUAAAGCACAAUUCACUUACAUAUAUGUAUUCUUUUAAAGUACAUGAGCCGCCUAAUGUAUUAUCGGAUCAUUGCGCAUUGUCGUUCAGUCUAAAUGCGUUAAAGGUAGGACAGGAAACAAUUUCUCAUUCUGAUGAACACGAUAAAAUUAAACUUUUGUAUAAAUUGGACGCGCGUAAGAUUCAUGAUUACAAACUCAAAUUAAAUUGCGAUGGUGUAAAAUUAUCAAUUGAUGCUUUGACAGAAAGUUUGGAUUGUACCGUUAGCUCUUCCGAUAUAAAUCAUAAUUUGUUUCAGUUUAGUAAAAUAAUGGACGAUAUCUUUUCACUCUUUUAAACGAUGAAUCUCACAUUUAUACCGAAGUAAAUACUAAGGCCAGAGAAGAAACUCCUUUGUUCGACGAUAUAUUCGAUUUAAAAGGAAUGCAAUUUUAUUAUAUGCCAACCUAAAUAACUUUAGAGGCAAAGAGAAUAAAUUUAUGUAAAUCCAGAGCGAAAUAUAAAAGAAUAACUAGAAAUGAAAAUACAUGUAUAGGAAUGAGAACAGGAAAAAACUGACUGAGGCUAGGAUUAAAAAUGCUUAACUGUACUGGAAAUUGUUGAAAGAUGUGAGCUGUAACAAUACAACAAGGAUAAAUGUUAGUAAAUUUGCGGAAUAUUUUAAAUCUAUUCACAAUCCCGAGGAUCACUUUUACCAAGUGGAUGAGGAUAACUAUAUUUUAAUGGAACGUUUUCAAACAUGAGAAAUGCAGGUUAUGUUUUCAGAAUUAGAUGAAGAAAUAACCCUUAGCGAAAUAAGUAAGGCUAUAAAGCAACUUAGAUCGAACACCAGUGGUGGACCCGAUUCAUAUCUUAACGAUUUCUUAUACACGAAACAGACACUUUAACUUUGUAUUUUCAUCAAUUGUUUAAUACAUGUUUACGUACAUGUUAUUUUUCCCGAAACUUGGUCAGAAAGUUUCAUCGUUCUUUUACAUAACGGGGUGAUAUCAAUGACCCUGCGAAUUAUAGAGGCAUAACUUUACUUAGUACUUUGGGGAAACUUUUUACACGUAUUUAUAUGAAAGAUUAGACAGCUAGGCUGAAAAAUAUUUCAUAUAUAUUGAAACUCGGGCGGAUUUUCGAAAAGGGAAUGAGUACUGCGGAUAAUAUAUUUAUUCUUAAUUCACUAAUAUGUCAUUGUUUUGACAAUGUAGAAACACGUUUUGCUUCAGAAAGACAUUUGAUUUUGUUGUUAGGGCUAUUCUUUGUUCAAACUUAUUAAAUAUGGCGCACGUGGGGGUAUACGUAAUUUUAUUAAAUCUAUAUAUAACAAUGUCAAGUCAAAAAUUGAAUGACACACACUUACAUUAAUUGCUCCGUGUGGAUCGCAUCCAAUUUUUGACAAAAUCUAAAACAUUAAAUUUGCAAAAAAUCUUCAUCUUAUCUGUUUUUCUUCUAUUCCCAGGUCAUAAGACCAAACAGCUUCAACACAACUUUUGAAGCAUAUAACGUAGCCUAAUAUCAUUCGCAGACGUUCUUCUUUACAAUCAAGCAUCAAUAAAAUUUAUAUCUGGCAUGAAAACGGCCUUGACUAGGCGGGAAAAAAUGGCAAUAUAUAAAAGGUUCGACUUUUCACCAUUGUAGUUAAGCUAUUUCCAUUUUUGUAACUUUGCAGCAUCAUUCUUUCGUUAUUACGACCUCAGUGAUCUUAACAGGACAUAUUUACAAUCAGAAAGGCGCUCAUUUUCUAAAUGUUAACGUUCAUUAAAACGAGAAAGUGCGUGUCCUUUUUUCAGUAGAACUACAUGGCCACCUCCGAUAAACAUGAACAUAAACUGUAUUCAAAUUACCAUAGUUCUUUGUCGAUAAACAAUGUGGACGGAGAACUUUUUAAUUUUUCAGCUUGACUAUGAAAUUAAGUGAAAUAAAAACACUUUUUAGAUCUUUAAUAUGGAUCUUUACAAGCACUAGUUUUAGUGCGGCAAAAGAUCGAAAUGAAUAAUAUGCAAAGAAACUUUAAAAAUGGUUCCCUUCACUUAUCGCAUGUGUUUCCUUUUUAUUUUGUUAAAUGUAAUGUCUAAAACAACCAUUCGAGGGUCAAUUACUGAUCUGAUGUAGAUAUUGUUACCAGUCUUAACGCCUGUUCUCUUAAAAUAUAUUUGUAUGCCCUAAGUAUGAUGUUGUAUUUUUUCAAUUGUUAAUUUUGUUUUCCUUGGACAAUCAUCUGUGUAUUAUGGGGCUUAUAGGUAAAUCUUUAUGUUCUCCGAACUUUUAAAUGGUGAUUGAAUAUGUCUUGCUUACUUCUAUUGCGAAUUUUUAAGCAACCAUAAUGUUGUAAUAUCGCUUUGAAUGAUAAAAGUUGUCGCCGUACUCUACAGUGAAACAUACGAACAUCGAUUUUGAUUACCACGGAAGAAUAAUGCCUGUAACGUGUACAUGAAAUAAGACUAAUUACGCUCAAGUCAAUGCUUAGCACUGUAAAGACGACGGCAUUCGUCUGUCACAAGACGACACAUUUGAUUGAAGAUAAUCCAAAAGACUGUUUGGUAAAUGAACAAUGUCUGCAAUCUAGAAAAUUCGUUAUUUACAGAAAAUGAUUGCAAAGUAUUACGCAGAAUAAUGUUUUGAAAGAGCAUACGAUGACCGCAUACUAAAUAACUAGUUCACAAAUAUUUGCAAGUAGAUGGAAAUUGAGUCAAAAACUGUUAAUCUGGUUGUACUGUCAUGUUUAAUCAAUUGACGACGUAAGUCUGUCACAUGAGAGUUCUUUCAAUUUCAACAGUCUGAAACACGUCUUUCAAAAGAUGUCUGAUACAUACAAUAAGGGCUGGCACGUUUUCACAUAAUUAAAUGGCGACAAUGUGGUGGUUCUGCAUUUAGCGACGUAUUAUCUGUUAAUGUCAUUCUUAAUCUCCCACAGGGUUAGCUUUUUGUAAAAGAUAGUCUGUUGCCAAUUCGUAACGCUACUGUUUAACCUUUAGCCUGCUAGGCAACAAGUGAUUCUGCCUUUGCGACCAGAGCAGACCAAGAUCAGACUUUUUACAGAAAAUGGUACUGUCCAAAUUGAAAGAUGGACAAGUUCAUUAUAACAAAUAGCAGGGUAAGUGUUCACAAAACCGAAACUGAAAUGUGUGUGGUUAUGGGCUAAUGUUUUAACAUAACAUGCGUUUACAUCAAAGCAAGGAACAUUGCAUAUUUUGACAGUCAUAAUUUAAAUAAAAUCCUUGCUAAAACUAAUAUAGACAAAUAUACUCAAAUCUUGAUUUAGAUAAGGACAUUCAGCAUUAUCUAGCCUUAUUAGACUUUCACUAUCUUCCAACAGUAAACCAUGUUGAAAUACAUAGUCUAACACUUUAAGAUUUUCUUUUAUAUAAACAAAAAAGGGUUUUACUGUGUAUUGUCUUGUCAAUGAAAACGCGUUUCGCAAAAUGACCUACUUACGAUUAUUCCGCUAAGAAAGGAUUCCAGAGUAGUAUCCCUUCCUGGUUUAAAUCGUCCAGAUGCGUCGGCCUUCGUGAUAAAAUUAUUACGCAUCUGAACUCAAAACCGUGUUUUAUUUGCCAACAAAGCACGCUAAACUAAAAUCUAUUUCCCAUGUACAGCGGCAUAACAUCAAUAGCAAUUAACUUAAACUUUACCCUAUGUAUUAAUGCGAUAAAUCAGCUGAUUAGGCUAUUUCAUUGUUUUAUAAAAAUCGGAUAAUUAUUGAGAACAUUUUUUUUACUCCAUUUAAAAUAGAGUUUAUUUCGUUUUGUUUCGCUUCGUCUGAUUGGUCAAUAGAUUUUUAUUUUUAUUCUGUUUAUUAUUAUUUACAUCUAUUUCUGUUAUUCAAGGUAAUAUAAAAUAUGGUAUAUAAUGAACAAUUUAACCAAAAGUUUGUACUAGUUUCGAAAAUGAGGUUUUAGCCCUUAUUUUUGGCCGGAAUUUGCCCUAAUCUGAUAUGAGAUGCACAAUGGGUUAGGGUCAUUAAUUUCAGAUAUCUAUAUAAAUAGAUCAAAUUUGGUUCUCAUAUUUUU